GUGGUGGCAAGGAACCAGUACAAGAGGAAGCAUGUGAGUAGAAAGGGAAACUAACUGUGAGAAAAGGGGGGAGCAGAGAGACAGAGCAAUCUCCAGAAUAGUGGCAAGAGAGAGACGGCGCGUAAGCAUUCGCUGACAUCCCAGGCUUAAGAAGUGAAUAUUCUGGGAGAGAGAGAGAGAGACAGGAAACCUGAGACUCAGCAAGUGGCUCAUAGAAGGCCCUGUGGUACAGUGGUGCCUGCAUAGUCCGUGUCAAGGAAAAACUACAUCGUACAAGUCAACAUGAGCCUCCAGCUGGCAAACAUCUUUCUGCCUUUGCUCUUGCACCUUCGUCUGCGUAUGGGAGCUGCAGAAAAUACUGCUACUGUCCUUCUGGUGAAUAUGUCACCUCCUUAUAUCUGUGCAAUGGAAGGGUCAGAGUUCACCAUCGAGUGUACAUUCAACACAAGCAAUAAUUCAAUCAAAUGGUUUGCUGAAUGGAAUAAAACCAGAAACAAUGUAACAGAAAAGGUGUGCAAUAGAACAGAUCGAAUCAUAUUAUCAGCAGAUAAAGAAAAGCGGUCUCUUUACCUCACUGUGAAGAAAGCUGACAUCACAGAUUCUGGAACCUACAUAUGUGGGGUUGGGAGCAAACAGGGGACAUCUCCUGGGAAGGGAACCCAAGUGACCAUCCAUGAUUUUCCCAAGCUGAUGGUGAAUCAGACCCCAGCCAAUAUCAAUGCAUCUGAAGGGUCAGAUCUCACCAUGGAGUGUAGAUUCACGGCAUUGAAAAAAUAUAACACCUGGUAUGUGAAAUGGUAUAAACAUAACGGAACUGGGGGAAUGAAGAAGGAGCUGAUGAGCGAAAGAGGCUGGGGCUCAGCAGCCCUGGCUUUGGAAAAGGGUUUUGUUUCUUUUGCUCUGAAGAAUGUGAAUGUAACCGAUACAGGAACCUAUGUGUGUGAGGUGGGGAGCACAGUGAGGAACUCGUCUGUGUCAGGAGUCGGAACUCAAGUGACCAUCACUCCUGUUGACCUGCUGGUGAAUCAGAUGCCUGCCGUAAUGAAUGGAUUGGAAGGAAAAAUGCUCACUAUAGAGUGUAGAUUCAAGGUGGUGAAAGACUCCAGCACCAUGUACAGUGUUACGUGGUAUAAGAAGGGGGCUGAUGGACAUGAGAAAGAGCUGAAGAAUGGAACAGGCAUUGUCACAACAGCCCUAGAUUCCUCAAAGGGCCUGGCCUCUCUCACCUUGAUCAAAAUCAAUAGGAACGACUCCGGGCUCUACAGAUGUGACUUUGGUAAAAAUGGUGUUGGAAAGGGAACCAGAGUGACCAUCCAGGCACAUGACCAAAGGCUAAUGAGCUCUUACAUUGUUCCUGGAGCUGCGGCUGGGACACUUCUCUUCUUGCUGGUGUUCGGUAUCCUUUUGUGGAGAUGGAGACAGUGCUCCAAAGAACCACUUCAAAGCAGGUCAGAGGCAGAGAUGAAUCAGAUGGAGAUGUCUUCUCCACCAGCUGAUGAGGUGACUUACGUUGACUUGAACUUUCACAAAAGGGACGCAAAAGCUGAGGAAGAGGUUGUUUACACAGAAGUGAAGAUACAGCCAAAACAGAGAGAUUACAAUGACAUCUACGCAAAAGUCAACCCUCAUCAUCGCUAGGGGAAGAGCUAGUGGGAAUUAACAGAUGAGUGACCAGUAUUUCACAUCUGUUAAAUGCAAGUCUCCAUGAAACAAUGAAUUAGCUCUUAGUAAAUGAUGUUCUUGGAGAUCAAAGUCCUCUAGUUAUGAACAGAACAGGUAGCAAUGCAAGAUUCCCUCGUUUCCUGCUCCACCAACAUGCCUCAACUCUGAUGUGGAGAGACUAAUUCUGUGGGCAAACGGAGAUUUCUGCUAACCCAUCUACUCUUAGCCUAUGUGCUGUGAUUGUAGCCAGGAAAUGGGUUGGGCUGUGGACAGUGGUUCACUAGGAACUGAGUUGAGACCAGAAAUUCAUUUAACAAACUCACCAGCCAUCAGAUUGUAGCAACUUUUAGUUGCUAUUUACCAGCACUGUAUUUGAACAAGUGACCGAGAGCCAAGCCCUUGAGCCACCCAAGUAUGGAAAAUGUUGCCAUCUUGUUGCGGGAAGCCCUGUCCUCCACUGAAGAUGCCAAGUGUGCUGAAUGAGGAAGGAAAAGCCUCCGAAGAGCCAUGCUCCCUACACUGAAGGAUGUACAAUAAUGCUUAUAAUGCUCAAGAGCAAUUUCCCAUACUUUCAUGAAUAAGACUGACAUGAUUGUUUCAUCUUUCCAAGCACAAAGUAGGCUUCUCUGUUGGGAGUGAAUUAAGCUUCCCUGGAUUCCACCCAUUUAAGAGCCAAACAACAACAAUAUGAAUUGCUUUGCAAGCAGACUUAAGUAUUAACUAAAGCUUUUACAGCAAGUUUAGCCCAGGAUUAAGUGUGUGCAAUUGCACUGAUUUAAAUGGAUUUGUCCCCUUGUGUCUGUGUGGCUUUAUUGUAAAUUUAAAAAGAAAAUGUGUAAUUUAAAAAAAAAUGCCAUCAUUUCCUCAUGGUUUAAGUAGAUUGUGCUUUUGAAAAUAUCCCCAAUAAUUUUAGAUAAACCCCCAGAAAAAAUAACCAAAGGGGCUGUUGGGCUCCCAAAAAUGGAGAGACCCCAAAAAAUCAACAGGAGUGCCUUUGAAAGUCUCCGCAUAAUACAUUGAUUUUUAUUACUUCUGCAGAUGAAUGAGAUAUAACCCGUGCAGACCACAACUCAUGGAUGGCCCUAAGGAUACAUCCAGAAGAAACAGCAUAGCAGCCAUGUGAACACCUGCAAAAUGUUCUGCUUAUUAAUACCUGCAUCAAUUCAUUAUUAACUAAUACACGGUAGCUGUUUUCAAAACUGAACUCCCAAAAGAAAAGGCAGCUAUCAAAUAGCAUAAGGGGUUUGGGCCCCUUAUGUGGGGUAGGUCUUUAGCCACAUCAGUUUCAUUAGUGCGAAUGAUGGGUUAUUCAGUGGUAACUGUUGUUCAUUGGGUAUAUCACGUCUGCAGAUCCACCCAGGGCAAAUCUGCAGAGGCAGUCCUUCCAGAAGAAGAAUUGGGUGACUAAAUACUCACCACAAACACUACAUAUGCUGGAUGGAGACCAAAUUCAAGCCUGGCUGAAGUCAUUAAGGUUUUCACACAUUUACACCAAGACUGUACAUGUGCCUUACAAUAUAGAUAAGAAUGAUCAUGCUGGAUCAGAUCAAUGGUUCAUCUAGCCCAGUAUCCUGUCUUUGACCAGUGCCAGAUGCUUCAGAGGGAAUGAACAGUACAAGACAAUUUCAAGUGAUCUAGACACACCACACUGAAUGACUAAGCUGUAUACAAAAUAUGCAGUGGUUGCCCUAAACACUACAUCUUACAGCAGAAUUACUGCUGGUGGUUUAGGCCAUUACUAUGCAGUACUGCAUAUACUUCUUAUCACACCAAAUACUUCAACUUAAGGGCUUUUUAAAAUGCCUCAAAUGCCACAAGAUUGGAAAUAGCCAACUUUGAUUAUUGACAAGACAGUGCAUUAUUGUUAUUUUUGCCAUUAGCAAAAGCCAGAUCCUGCCCAGCAAAAACUACUGCUGCUUGCUGUGGGAAAGUGAAGUUUGAGUCACCGUGAAAGGGGGAAAUAAGUCAAAGGGUAAAUUCCUGCUGGUGCUGUAUCAGGGCUUUUUUUUUUUUUUUUUUUAUUCUUUACUGAACCAGUAUCUGAAGAGGGAGAGUUUGGCAAAAAAAAUCAGUGGUUCAGCAAUGCUGAUGAAAACUACUACCUAGAAAAAAAAAAUUGUUCUUGGUCUUUCUUCUUUCUACUAGGAAAUUAAUUAUUCCAUUAUUUUAAAAAGUAGCAUAUUUGAAUAAAAUGUAGGAUUUCUAAAAAGUCCAGUGCGAGUUUUAGACACAACUCUCAGUGAAAGCCAAGGGAGCUUUCAUUAUAUCCCUUUGACAUCCCCAGUCUAAGGUCAAAGGUACAUACAUUGACUGUAGUUUGGGUCAGAGCCUCCAUGGAGUCAUAACUGAUGAGGAUCUGGUUUCAUAACAUUUAAAGACGAUUUUGUAAACAAGACACUUUCUAAAUGCUCUCAGAUAGAGCUGCCCGUAACCAUCAUCCUGGAUCUACUGGUGUGGCAGGAUUUUUUGGCUUCCAAGGUCUCACAUAAACUAUGAUCUGCCAACCUUUAAAAGUGACAGAGUCAAAUGAAAAUGAACACGCUGCAAGUGUGUAGAGAUCUUGCUGCAUAUCCAACUGAUUGUCUAAAACAGGGGUGGAUAAACUAUGGCCUGCUGGCCGUGUCCAGCCCAUCAGAACUUUUAAUCCAUCCCUCGAGCUCCCACCAGGGAGUGGGGUUGGUGCUCCAACUGGGGAGUGGGGUUGGGGACUUUCUGCAUGGCUCCUGGGUAAAAAUCAAGGAUAUUCCUUCAAUUGCAAGCUCCUCAGAGUGGGGAAUCUCAUCUGCAUAGUCUCUAUCUGCCUGCCUGUAAAAGUUCCUCCCCUGGAGUCAAUUCACAGGCUAUCCCUGCUUCUCCCACAGUGUGAGUGUUUCUGUUGCAGACAGUAGACAGGUUGGUAGGAGACCAACUGGUUUCCUGUACCUUUACCUACUCUUUGCGUCUGCUGCUGCCCUUACCUAGAGGAUGAGGCUGCUCAAAGUGAAACCAGAGGGAGGAGUUUUCACACCUUCUCCUGCCAUCUGUGCUUUCUCCUCCUUUUGGGUUCUCCGCCCUGUGCACCCCGACCCUCUCCCGAAGCACUGGCACCGGCUGCUGCCUUUUUCACAAAGGCCUUGACUU